AUGAUGAUGAGCAUGCUUUAUUAUGGACUGAAUAUCUAUUGGAUUGCUGGUAUUGGAUUGUAUUCGCUCCGAUUCUUCAAUAACUUUUUUCAUCACAUAUUGCAAUAUGGAAGAUUCUCUCCGACCAUUGAAAAUCAAAGUUCAGAACGAAAGAAAAAUCUCGUUCAGAAAGUAAUUUCAACUCUCUUACAACCUCUCAUCACUGAGAAGCUUCAUUGGAGAUGUAUUUAUUCCAUUGGAUUAUUUUUCAAUACUCUUAGUUUAAUUUAUAUAUUUAUUUAUUAUUUUCUUCGCAAUAAUUCUGAGAACAAAAAUGGAAAUUUUAAUAAUCGUAAUUUUGGAACGAUCAACUGCAUGAUCGUGAUGAUUCUGCUCUAUGAAAUUCAUUUAUUGAAAAGAUGUGUUGAGGUUUUUUUCUUUCAACCAUGGACUCACCCAGCAAGAUUGGUUGGACCUUUCUUGUUCUUGAGUGGAGUUUCAUAUUAUAUUUGUGCUCCUUUAAGUUUAUGCGUUUCCUCUUUGUUGAUCAUUGAAUCAAAUAGUUUUGAAGGUCAUAACAGUUCUUAUGGAAACGACAUGAUACAAAUAGCAAUGGUGAUGGCUGGAGUGAUACUAUUUUUGUGGAGCUGUUUUCAUCAAUACAAAUGUCAUGCCAUUCUCUAUUCUCUAGCUCGCAUCAAGAACAAAAACCCUGAAAUUGGAUAUCAAAUCCCAAGAGGAGAUCUUUUCGAAUAUUUAUACUGCCCUCAUUAUUUUACAGAAAUACUUAUGUAUUUUUCACUGAAUUUGAUGAUUGGUUUUUCACAAUUUCCAAUGUUAUUUUGCUUUUCAUUUACCACUCUCAACCUUUCCUAUCACUCCUUUGAGACCCAUGAUUGGUAUCAACAAAAAUUUAAAGACAAGCUUCCAAAAUCAAGAAAAAUAUUCUUACCUUUCAUUGUUUGA